AAUUUGUUUAUCUCUGAUGUACAGUGUGUCGUCGAGUCUUGGUUCUAUUAUGAAUAAUUUGAUGAAUUUUGGAAUCGACGACGAGGACUCCACUGAUUACUAUGAAGUGAUUGGUUGCGACGCUUCGUCAUCUACGGAACAGAUUAUUACAGAAUAUCGAUUGAAAGCAGUCACUUGUCAUCCAGAUAAGAAUCAAAAUAAUCCAAAUGCUUCGCAAGAAUUUGCUUUGUUACAAGCUGCUAAAGAAGUACUAACAGACUCCGAGAAAAGGAAGGACUAUGAUGCAUGGAGGAACAGUGGCAUAAGAAUUCCGUAUAACAAAUGGAGAUCUAUGAGAGACUCUGUGAAAAUGUCGAUGCACUGGGGCUACAAGAAGCCAGAACCAAUGUUGGAAUCGAGUUCAGUCGCUGGAAAAGACCAAGCAUUUAGUCAAAAUGGAAAGAACAAAAUUUUGGAUUCAAGGGAAGAAAUGAGAAGAAAAUUCAGAAAUUAUGAAAUAUGAACAUUGAUUUUCCAAGUAGAUUACAAGAGUGCGACAAACGCGAUAAAAUAUAUGGAUGGCAGGUAGAUGCAAAAGAAUAUGAGGAAUGUUAUCAAUGUUUUAAUAAUCACGAAGACCCAUGAAAAAUUUAGGAAUUGAUAUACAUUAUGACAUGAUCAAAUGAGCAGUUUUGUUUCGGUAAAACAGAUUUUGAUCACUUUGCACACUUUGAGCUGAGUAUUUUGUGAAAGUUGUAACAUGCAAACAUAAUUUUAUGGUGAUAUGGUUUGUCAUUAUAAUUUAUACCAAUGAUUUGGUCAAUUUUCCCUCCUUCGGGUAAUUUGUAAUUUAUGUGUUGUGCAAUCAUUAUUCGACUGUUAUUUCUUGCAAUUCUAAAGCCAAGCUAGGCAUAAUUUCUGUUUUUUAUUCUGUUCCAUGUUUUUUACGUACGGAUUGUUGUACAAGCUCUCAGUAACAUGUACAAAUAGCACAAAUAAUCUUUGAAUCAAGUCCUAGUAAAUCCUGUAUAAUGAAAUGUGGAACAUUGAUUUUAUCUGACAAUCAUGGAAUGGUGAAAACCCUGAAGUAUCAUCAAUUAUCAUGACUGUAUCAUCAUGACUGUAGUACCAGAAACCAAAGUUUAAUGUGCUGCGGAAAAUAUGAAGAGUGAAUGAUAAUCAUCUAUUAUCUCUUAUACUUCGCCCAUUCAUACUAUCUCACCACUCAAAGGCGCAGUAUUUGCGCCUAAAUUUUGAUUUCAUUGUUAUGUUUAUUUGGUGUUGUGUUGUCUCUAUUUAUAUAUAUUGUCUUGUCUUAUCAACUCCCCUGUAUAAACAGUUUUUUAUACUCCACCCUUACCACUUUCACCACACCAACCGACCCAUUGCCUCACCUUGCACAACUGUCUAUAUAAG